ACGCAUGUUCCCCACCGUACGGUGCUCCUUCUCGGGCAUCGACCAGAUACCGCUGCACGGCGACUGCCGCCUCCUGGUGAUGAUGGACAUUGUGCCGGUGGACAACAAGCGGUACCGGUACGCCUACCACCGCUCCAGCUGGCUGGUGGCCGGCAAAGCCGACCCGCCCUCUCCCGCCCGUCUCUACCUGCACCCUGAUGCCCCUUACAGUAUGGAGCAGUUGCGCAAACAGGUGAUCUCAUUCGAGAAGGUCAAGCUGACCAACAAUGAAAUGGACAAGAGCGGCCAUAUUGUGCUCAACUCGAUGCACCGCUAUCAACCUCGCAUUCACCUCAUCCUCCGGCGCAAUCCUCAGUCAUUCAACAGCACCGUGCAGGAUAUUGAGCACGAGAUGCACCGUACCUUUGUCUUCCCUGAGACGGUCUUCACGGCCGUCACUGCAUACCAGAAUCAACUGAUCACUAAACUGAAGAUUGAUUCUAAUCCAUUUGCAAAGGGCUUCCGCGAUUCAAGUCGCCUCACCGACCUUGAACG